AGCGGGGUGGGUCGCAAUCUUUCCGCCUUGUUUAUUUAUUCUUCUCCCCCCUGCAUUUGCGAUCUGUUCGCGUGACACCUCCGGUGUAAGAGACUCCCAUUCAAGUCGACGUUUGAGCGCGUGGUAUUGACGUGUCCCUCUCUGGACCUACUCCCACAUUCCUCCUCAACGGUUCUGUGCAACUAGUCUUGUUGCCACUGGUUCCCCGCAUUUUCGCAGCGAACCAACGCCGUGCACUAUGGUAGCGGGGCUAGGCUACACUGGCAUACCGUCCCAAACAUGCGGGCCUGCAAUCUGGGGAUGUUUCUCUCUACCCGCACAGGUUCCUAGCCCAGGAUCCUGGUAUACGGGCCCGCCAAAGCCAGCUAUCCCAGCUGCAGCGUCAACUAAAACAACGUCAACUACAGCAACGUCAACUACAACACAUUCAACUUCCCAGCAGCCCAGUCCGACUUCUACACCAUCAAUGUCAUCGCCUCAAACAUCCUCGCAGCCGUCCCCGACUUCUAGCGACAGCGCGGACCACACUUCCUCCCCUUCUAGUGGAGGUUCUGGUGGUGGAAGUUCUAGCGACAGUACUUCUAGCGACGUCCCUGCAUCGACCUCGUCGUCGAGUGAUUCCAGUCCGGCCUCCACUACUACUGACCCGGGGAGCACCAAUACAGGUUCACAGCCUUCGCCAGUCAGUCAAUCGUCAGUCAAUCGGUCGACCAACAGCAAUGACCUGUCGACGUCAACUUCACACUCUCCAUCGACGAGGGUGACAACAAUUACAUCGGAAUCGACCACUGUGAUACUCUCAUCCCAGAUUACCGUAGAGACUGGGUCUUCCGGCACAUUCACCACCACUCGAGUAUUCAGCAGUAACAGCGUAGUAACAGAGACUCACACGUCGACGCUGGUUGGAGUAGGCUCUAGUACAGCCUCAGCAACUCCUGCCAAUGCUGCAUCGCGGGGGUCGACGAGUAAAUCGAACACAGGCCUAAUCCUGGGCGGCGUCUUCGGAGCACUAGCCGUCCUCCUACUCCUCCUCCUCGCUCUGCUCUGGUACCGCAGGCGCAGGCGCACGCGCCGCACCCAAGCCCUGCAUGAGUCCUUCUGGAACAACCCGCACGACUCUGAGACCCCCGCGGUGACCUCCGGGUUGCUGAACCGCACCGCGAGCAGCAGCUCGUCCUUGUUCUUCACCGCCGAGGAUGACAUCAUGGGCGACAACAACCGCGCCGCCCCGACGUACCGCUACGGCGCGACCCCGCGCGCGCUCGAGACCUCCACGCGCCUCGUCGUGUCGCCGCCGCUGCCUAGCGCGGAGAUACGCGCGGAGGAUCCCGACCCGUUCGCAGACCCCGCGGCGCGCGCGCGUGAGCGGCCGCCGACGGUCGCGUCGAUGGAGUCUCCGACGAUUCAUGUGGUACAGUCGGACUCGUACUCCAACCUUGCGUUGUUCCCCCGCGAGGGACAAGUCGCUGCGUGGGACACGCCGCUGCAUAGUGCGCGCAACUCGGUGGCGCUACAUGCCAGUGGGCACGGAGACGUUAGGGCCAGCGUACUGUCGGACCGGUCUGGUGAUGUUCAGACCAUCGAAGCCCUGUGAUUUUGCACUACUUCCUGAGACGACACCUCGCUGCAUAUCAAACAGUGACUCGUCCAUGGCGAAAGUACUGUAUACGCACCCACGGACACGUUCGUUCCCCUCCUGCCACUCCUUGUUCCGACCUCUCCUUGGCCAACCACCUCUAUUUAACCUU